AUGGUGCUGUCCCCGCGGCCGUGGCGCGCACUGGUGGCCGUGUCGCUCUGUGCCCUGCUGUGCUUGGUCGCGCUGGCGACCGCGUAUCCCGCCAAGCCCGAGAGCCCCGGGGACGACGCGUCCCCCGAGGAGAUGGCCCGGUACUUCUCGGCACUUCGCCACUACAUCAACCUGGUCACGCGGCAGAGGUAUGGCAAACGCUCCAGCCCGGACGUCGCGGUGACGGAGCUGCUCGUGGGGGCCGUCAGUGACAGGUCACGGUACGACGACGACUCCGCGUGGUGA